AUGCUUCCCUCUGUUGCUAUCACCCUUCUCGGCCUCCUCUCGGCCUCCAACGCCGCUGCCACCAAGCGAAGCCUCUCUCCUGAUGAGGUCAUCGUCCUCGGCCACGAUGGCUCCUCGCAGGUCAUGAAGGCUGCCGAGUUUAACGCUCUCGAGAACAAGCCUGUCGCCCCCGCUCCCGUCAAGGGCUCCUCCAAGCUCCGCCGCCGUGGCUGCGAGAAGUCCAGCGAGGUUCAGGUCACUUCCGACAAGGAGUUCCUCAACUGGGACAUUGCCAUCUCGCCCGUGGUCAGCAGCACUGGCGGCAAAGCCUCCGUUACUGUGUCUUCCGGCUACUCCCUGUCCAACUCCAUCUCUGUUGGCUCGUCCUUCUCCGUCAGCGCCCUCGAGGGCAUCCUCGGAAUGUCGCUUUCCGUCGACUACUCCGAGAGCUGGAGCACCAGCCAGGACCAGUCUCUCACCUUUGAGGUCCCCGCUGGCCAGCACGGUGUCAUCGUCAGCCAGCCUUACGUUCGCCGUGUUGAGGGCAACUACCUCGACGGCUGCACCGACGACUGGAAGAAGACUGGCUUUGUCUCUGAUACCUAUGAGAGCCAGAGCUACGGCAACCUCCAGUGGGUCAAGGGCCUCAUCCGACUUUGCAACAGCACUGAGUACCCUAUCCCCUACUGCAACGGUGAGGGUAGCCACAAGUAA